AUGGCCGCUGCUAAUUUGGACGGCGCCUCGACAAACACCCUCCCCGGGGAGCCCUUUAAGCCCGUUCUUGGAGGUGACCACGACCAUGUUACACUCUCGAUGAACUUUGCCUGGCGCAAGUUUAAGUCCAGCAUCUCUGAUGAGCGCAACCCUGAGAAGCCUCUUUAUAUCAUCUCCUACAAGAUUUUCCCUAAGCUGCGCCUAAUCUUCCGCAGAGCAUCGGGGGAUGAUGGCUCCGAUGGCUCCGCAGAAGAUGAUAACUCUGCAGAUGAGAGUAUCAUCGGUACUGGGACCGUGAAUAACGUGAGCAUUGACUCCAGCUACACAUGUCACGGCCGCAAGGAUAAACUCGUGGCCCAGAAGCGUUUUCACACUUUAUACACCCAUCGCUCUGCGGCUCUGUCCGUUGAUGGGAAGCCCCAAGUCGUGACUUGGUCUGGUGAUUGCGGUCUGAAGCGGUGGGACUUUGUUUGUGUUGAUGAGAACCAAACGCCCCUGGCCAAAUUCACUGCAAAUUUGUGGGGCGUGAAAAAACUCGGCAAGGUGGAGUUGAUGGGUCCUCGAGCGGAGGACCCUGCAUUCAGAGAUGAGAUGGUUAUUACGGGCAUCCUGGUCGGCUAUACUAUGAUCUGGCGUGCCAAUAAUAUCUUCCAAUUGUUCGGAUCCCUUUUCGGCAAGCCAGGCAAGGAUAGGGAGUAUCCAGUGCAAGAGGGUCCUGCCCCUAAAAACGACGACACUUUGACUGCCAAGGAAAGCUAUCCACCUAAGCAAGCAUAA